CACAUUUCGCAAAUGUUGCGAAAACGAGCUGGUGUUCUGGUUCUGUGAUAAGCGCUUAUCUUUUAUAAAGUUUCACGUUUUUUAUGAACCUAUUUUUGUAAAAAGCAAAUCGUUUAUAAAAGCGGGUUUGGGAGCUCACCGGCGCGUUUUUCGCCGCUCGAUGUGAAUUUCGCUCUCAAAUUUUGUUGGCGGCCAUAUUGGAAUUUCGAACAUUGGGCGAAUCGUGCGAAAACAGGACGGCACAACAGAGUGGUUUCUGGAUGUAAAUCGAAAUGAUAUAGCUGUUUCUGGUGGUUUUUUCGCUUUUAGUCCUUUGUCUCUGGCACUGGAUUUUCGACGCAAAAGGCGAUGAAAUCCGAUAACUCCACGGAGAACGGCCAAAAACUCGCUGAAUCAUGCCUGCGGUGGGAAAUUCUGAGUAGGUGGCUGUCUCUUUUGCUCGCGUGGUCUUUCCUCGCUCGAUUUCGCCCGUUUUCGAACACGACGCCAUACUUGUUCGUGCGUCGCGCUCGCAAGCAAGCUCCUCCGAGUGCGGGGAACAAAUUCUAGCCUUUCUAUUUUGAGAACGUGAAAUUUUGGUGCGCGAUUUAUCGCACUUUUUCAUACACGAACUGGCGAUUGAAUGUCGGCAAAGUGUGGCGAUUGCGAUUGAUGUCAUUUUGGGACACGCAGCGGUUUCGUGCGAGGCGUAAUUCGGCCGGAAGUGAACAUUUAAAAAAAUCGAAGCGCCCUCUCUGGCCCACGGUGGUGCGAGCGAGACAGUGAGCGUUUGGCGGGUGCCAGAAAGAGAAGCGAGUGUUUUCGCGAGGCGCGCUCGCGCGCUUUACCCCGCUCCUCUCCCGCGGUCGAUCGGUCGAAGAAAGAUAACGGAGAGGCGCCGGGAAGGUCGAGCGGCAACAAAUGUUUGUUUCUGCGCGCGGCGGUUGUGUUGUGAAAUCGGCAAAAAUGCGUUCGGCGUUCGGCAGAAUCUCGAAAAGUUAACAAUCGUGCGUCCGUAAAAGGAAAAGGACAGCUGGCGGUUGAAAAGGAUACGCCGUCGGACUCGGAGUCGUGCGUUUAAACGUGCACGCGUUGGUGUUGGUGUUGGUGUUGGUGAGAGGAUCUGAAUGCCGUCUCGGACGGUCGGCGGUGGCAAAAGAAGAAGACGCCGCAGCGAGAAUGUCCUCGCAUCAGGAUAUCAUUUGUGAGGUGGAGAUCCCGGACGCCAGCAUCGUCGAGGUCGUGGACGGCAGCGGUUUCGGGCCCGGCAUCGUCGACUACGAUCAGUACGAGGUCGGCGUCGGCGUCGGCGUCGGCGAUGGACACUUCGAGGAGGUGACGUGCGAAACGGAGGACUCGCAGGGCCUGCUGAUGCCCCACCACCUACACCACCAUCACCACCCCGACGACGACGAGGAGCUGAUGCACCACGAAGCGGACCUGCAGACGCACGAGGAGGUGCUGGACUCGUCGGGCGAUCCGAUGUGCGUGUACGAGGACAUCAAUCUGGAGAACGACAUCUACAUCGAAUCCACUCCGGGCCCCUCUUCGAGGAAGCGCAAUAAAUCUCUCAAACAACCGCGCGCCAACACCAUGCUCAGUCGAAUGCGGGCGCACGACAGCGGCCACAACCACCACCAUCACCACGGACUAACGGCGGUCGAGCAGCUGGACGUGAGCCACAAGCGGCGACGCUGGGAGCAGAAGCAGGUGCAAAUCAAAACGAUGGAGGGCGAGUUCAGCGUCACCAUGUGGGCCUCGGGGACGGACGACGACGACGGCUCGAACCCGGAACAGGAUCCCGACUACACCGAGUACAUGACCGGAGGGACGGGGAAGAAAUCGGAUUGCAUACCGGGAAUUGACCUGUCCGAUGCCAAACAGCUAUCAGAGUUCGCACGGCCCGCACACAAAUCGAAAGGGGGUUCCGGCGGGGGCGGAGGGAAGUUGUCCUCGGCAGGGUCUGCCUCCAACUCGAACACAUCACCCAGCGGCGGGUCUAUAGCGGGUGGUGGUGCGGCCACCUCUCCGUCCGACCUGACCGAGCGCAAUAUAGCCUGUCCGCAGAAGGGCUGCAACAAGAUGUUUCGCGACAACUCGGCCAUGCGCAAACAUCUGCAUACGCACGGGCCUCGGGUGCACGUGUGCGCCGAGUGCGGGAAGUCGUUCGUCGAGAGUUCGAAGCUGAAGCGCCAUCAGCUGGUCCACACCGGCGAAAAACCAUUCCAGUGUACGUUCGAAGGAUGCGGGAAGCGCUUUUCGCUGGACUUCAAUCUUCGGACGCACGUCCGGAUACACACCGGUGACCGACCGUACGUGUGUCCCUUCGAUGGGUGCAACAAGAAGUUUGCCCAAUCCACCAACCUCAAAUCUCACAUCCUCACGCACGCCAAGGCGAAACGCAACAAUAGCGGCGGUGGCGGAAGUACCAGUCGAAGUAUGAACAAUAGCAGUAACAGCAGCUUGAUGCAGCAACAGCAGCAGCAGCAAGCCACAUCCGCUUCUUCCUCACCGACGCAUCAUCACACGCUUCUCGCACCCCAGUCAUACGUCAAGAUGGAAUCGAUGGAGCUGGAAAAUGACGCCUCUCAGUACAUCAUUUAUACGGAUUAAGGAUAAUGCGAUCAUUGUCCGUCGUCCUGUGAUACGAUCGUUUCGGGCACAAUCAGGACCAACAGCGAUGCUGAAGCAGCGUAUGGAGCGUAAGCGAAAGGACAACGCCAGCACACACAUUCACUCACAAACACAGAGAGAGAGAGAGAGAGAGAGAGAGAUCAGUUAGUAGGGAAGGGCGGGAACCAUGGUAGCUCCUGUUGUGCUCCGCGACUUUUCAUUUCGUACACAAUUCCAAAUGCCAUAGAAAUCGGAGGGAGGGAGACAUCGAGAAGAACGGAAACAAAGAGGAGAUCAAAUACGAUCAACAAAUGCGAUCUAGUGAUGUAAUAUAGGCGGUAGCGAUACAGCGUGAGCUUUGUGAGCAAAGGAUGCAGUAAGGAGAUAGGAUACGGCUCAGGAUAGGAUGAAUCAAUCUAUAGUUUAUAUAAGCUCCGUUCUCUGUCAACGUUCAACAACGCCUAACAAAGUAUUUUGUUUUUAAGUUAGUUUACAUGGUCAAAAGCUUUGGAUGAAAGAGAGCGGAAAGGAAUGCCGCUGCCCCUUCGAUAUUCCGCCUGAGUUGAACAGUUAGCUCCUUAUGAUCAUCCAGCAUACAUCCAGCAGCAGCGGCAGCAGCAGAUAGAUUACCCAAAGUUCUUCAAUCUCAGGAUAGAUUGCAUAGCGACGGGGAUAGCAUUGCGAUAACGAUAACGAAGACACGCGCAAUAAGAUCAUCCAACGAUUCGCAAAGGAAGGAGGAAGGUACGUGAUGAGAAGAGAAAUUGAAACAGCAGUGAGUUCGAAGCAAAGGAAUUCACAACCAUAUGUGGACACAUAGCUCGACACAUAUUGUAUAUAGAAUAUGUUUAACCAUGGAACACACAGAGAUCGAUCCCCCAAGCCCACGUGAUCGACAAAAUCAGAAUGCGCUUUUAUCGUCGUAGUGCGUUGUAGGAUAUUAUGUUAAGAGUUUCUCCGGAUUGCGUUUAGUGGUGGGAACUGCGAACAACAUAUUGUUGAUUUACAACUAAACUCGAUAAAAAAGGACUAUAGUUCUUUCCAGUUGGUAGCCUUGUGAAUUAUGCAAUUUGUGCAUAAUCAGAGCUUGGUAAGGACUGGUAGUUCUUCUGAUGAUGCCCUUGAGCACUGGAUGGAAGAUUGUGCAUGGAUUGAAUUAUCUUUAACUUUGGAAAUUAGAGAAUUUUUGGCCAAAUACGAAUUAAGAAAUUAUGUUUCGCUCGAGGAUUAGUUUGCUUUUUUUUCUUCUCAACUAUACAUUUUUAUUAUUUUUCCGAUGUGGUUUACUCUAGUUAUAUUUUUUUUCUUUUAUCAACAAUUUUUAUCAGAAACAAACCAGGGAUUGGCGGAUUUUUAUGAACGUAACUGUGAUGUUCAUAUUUCUUAUCCAUUCAAUUUGCGUAAUGGCCUGUUUGUGCCAAACGAACUUUCGGCGAUAUUUGAUGGCCAGGUGUUAGAAUUGCUUCUAAAUUCUUCUUCAUUGUGAUCCCUGUACUCCUUCUCCUAACCGAGGACAUCCAAAUGAAAUCAUGCAAAGCUACUAGCACCUGGAAUAGCGUGUGUAUGAUCCAGAGAUGCUGUCCUUUAGCUAACUCUCGCAAGAACGCUCGUGUAGGUCAUAUUGGCUGGUGUCAGCCCAUUGUAAAUUGAGAGAAGGUGAAGGCAUUACGGUACGUUAUAUGGAAAAACACAAGUCAGAGCCAGGGCCAGGGCCAGGGCCUGGACUAGGUUAGUCAAGGUGGUACGAGAAAGCCAUUAACACUAGGUAUGUAUACCUAAGAUCGUCCUUCUUUCUCUAUCUCUCUCUAUCAAACACAAAGCUAUUUUCCGGAAAGACAUGCAAUUCUGCUGUGCUUCUCGUGAAAUUUGAAGAAACAAAAGCGCUGGGAACGAUCCUUUACGUCUCAUUUAAUUGCAUCCUCGCCGAUCGGAUAAUGAGAGGGUGUCUUCAUGUGUCUUGGGCAUGGGGACAUACACACGCAUUACAAUUCUACUAAUUAGGGGGAUAAGAUUUUUGAAUGGAAUGCAUGAUAUGAUGCAUAUAGAGUGUAUAGAGUGAUGAAUGUUUGAACUCGAGCAUGUGUGUCUGUGUGGUAGGUUCAGGAAAGUGUAUAAAACAGGUAUAAUAGAGCUAGAGAGAAGAGAAAGAUAGCGCGAGAGAGACAGAGGUAGAGAGUACUCUUACGAAAUAAAAUAUGGAAUUAUGUUCUAUACUUUUUAAAUAUUUGAAGUUUUCCUUCCCCCCUUUAUUUAGUCCUCCAUCUAUGGUCUCACACUAUUUCCUGACUGUUCCCGAGCAGUGGUCAGUAAAUUACUUUGUUUACCAGCUUUUUUUUUGUUG